AUGUCGCAGUUAGCUCUUGUAUCUAAUGCAUUUCUUGAAGAUGGUGCUGCCAAAUUUCGCUCAAAACCCGUCCCGUGGGAGGGCUAUCAACGAGCUGGGCUGAUAACGAGCGACGAGCUCACUCUUAUCAAGCGCGUAGAUAGACAACCACGCGGAAAGAUAGAGUCUAUUCUCGUGACGGAUGGUCCACAAUAUGCUCUGCUCUACCUCACUCUCCUCAAAAAGAUUGAACGCGUAGAUACCAUGCAGAACAUAUUGGUCUCAAUCGGAGAUGUCCUUGCAGACUCUUCAAAGAUUGACCCAGAACUCCCUUAUACGCCAUUUCUCAAGUAUGAAUCCCUUAUCGUCACCACCCUGAUGAGGCGAGUGAGCUCUCUUUCCUUCACUGAUACAUACUUAUGCGACUUCAGUGCCGAACCUGGAGUUCUCAAGCCAUUCCAGUAUUCUCCACUCCUACACACCAUCUCCGGCCUCAUGAAAGGUUCUUCGCCGAGUGGUAUCGAUGUAGCGGUCAAGUCUCUGGAAGCACUAUUGCCACGAGCCGAGAUUCGAAAGACGGUUUGGACAAUGCCCGAAACUAUCAAGGGGGAUAAACCAGAUCCUCAAAUGACAUACCAGCUCUACAGACAAUAUGAUAUCAUCCCGCUAUUGACCGAGGCUGCUCAGUCUGCAGUCAAAGAAAAGAACCUCGUAUCGAAAGCUCCAGAAAGUAACUUACCUGCAAUGUUGGUGGUCAAACUACUGCCUUUUGUCAAAAAUCUUUCGACGAGGAAAUGGACGGACGAUGACAUUGUCGAAGACAUUCAGUAUCUGAGGGAUGAACUGGCAGAAAACUUUAGAAGUCUAACGACUUAUGACGAAUACACUUCCGAGCUGGCUUCAGGACAUUUGUCCUGGUCUCCAGUUCAUACUUCUGAUGAGUUCUGGAGAGAGAACGCCGUAAGACUGAACGAGAAAGACUAUCAGCAACUAAAGUGGGCCCCAAACGCCAUCAAGAUAUUUACAACUGACCAAAUCAUCAGGGUCCUCGUCGAACUCCUCAAAACCUCCAAUGAUCCAGUUAUUCUUGCGGUAGCCACUCAUGAUAUCGGUCAAUAUGUCAAAUUUUAUGAUCGAGGGAAAAAGUUGACAAGGGUAAUGGAACUCAUGAGCCAUGAGAAUACUGACGUUCGAUAUCAAGCCCUGAUCACCGUCCAACGCUUGGACCUUUCGACCAUGCCAGUGCAGACACGGGCCAAGGGAAAGCAAGCCGAUCCAAAGCCACAACCUCAGCCUCAGCCCGAGGUCAAAAUAACAUACCAAGUACCGGAUGUACAGUCACUAAAAAGCUAUGGCGAGAAUGAUCAAGAGGCGUUGAAGGCCGUUGCAACUGAACAGUUGGAAGCCUUGAUGAAUGCGUCGGGGAUUUUGAGAGAUGACCCAAAACCAGCAGCCAAACCGACCAAGGGAAAGGGAAAGCAGAGCGCACCUCCUGAAGAAGAAGAAAAGGAAUGGUUAGGAGGUUGGGACUUCUUCUUCGUUGGAAAGAAGAACAUAAAGCGAACCAUAUCAAAGCGGAUCAAGCCACAACUAGACUACAUUGAACGAAUGAAGAAAGCGUGGCGUCCGGACCCUCCGAAUAAGAUGGAAAUGCCCGAAGAUUGGUUUCAAGAAGAGGUCACGAUCGUGUUAUCAAACAAUAGACCCUGGGACAUGGACAAAUACGACAGAGAGAAGGUCAAUAGAACUAGGAUGGCCUUCUACACCGAGCCAAUUGGCGAGCAUCUACAUCGAGUUUCCACCAAGGACCUGAUUCGACGCCAUUUGUCUACACGUUUAUCUCAGUCGAUACUCCCAGAUUUCUGCCUAACAUUUCGACCAACGAGACCAGAUGGGAUCCCUGAAGGCGGUCGGAUAGAGAUCUAUCCCUGCCUCGAAAGGUUCUUGGAUAUAGUCAAUCUUCCCAUGGGCGAACACAACCUGGAGCUUUGUGCCCUCAAUGCGUUCACAAAUAUUCCUCUGUGUUGGCUUCUGAUGUACGUGACGUCUCGCUUUACUCGUUCAACGACUCAUCUGAAUUACAGUAAUCCCAAGCAACGUUUUCUAGAACCUUUGGCAUACGAACAGCCAGGUUUAAGAAUAGAGUUCGCUCUUGUUCACAAUACAGUUAGACCAUUCGUGAAGGAGGAAGUGGAGGCCGCUCGAGAGAUGCCUAUCUCCUAUACUCAUCCUGCAGUGCUAUUGGCGAUGAAAGGUCCUACCCAAUGGCCCGAUUUUUUGCGGAAAUGGGACCAAUCACCCCAUUUCGAGGAUCCACAAUGGAAAGCGAUGACUUAUGAGGAGCAGCUACAGUAUUGCAUAGAAGACUUGGCAUGUGCCGUUUUACCUUCCCUCGACACUCUUGUGACGACCUGGUUCCUACGAGUUGAACAAAAAGUCACGCCGCAAAGAACCCAAAAGUCGUAUCCAAUCUGGCCACCGCCGGGAGAAGAUUCGGACGUUUCGAAAUUUGCUCCCGACUCUGAUGAUGAGGAGCCAUCGCCCAAGCACCUCGAGUGGAAGAAGCUCCCGGCAUGGGCGUGGAUCCCGGGCAUUUUGUAUGAUUGGAACAAAUGCUAUCUAGUCGCUCAUAUCCCAGUCUUGCCAGACGAUUUGACAUCUGAAACGCCAGUCGAGUACGUUUCAUACGUAUUUGAUGAGCUCGAAAUGUCUCAUCCCACCUCUGGGGACGAAGACGACCGACCCUGUCUUCUCGAGCGUGUUCGGUUGGGUCUGGCUUGGAUGGCGCUGGCGAAGCACGCCUUCAAGGUCUCUUCUCUUUGGGAGAAUGUGAUACAGCCGCUGGAGAUCAUGAGGUACGAAGAAAUUGCGGGUCUUCGGGAGAACAAGUAUGGCUUUGUAGAGAAGCCACCAAGUGGAAUCCGACAGCCAAUUCGAUUUGUGAAUUUCGAAGAAGACGGGUACUAUAAUCCAUAUAUCGUUAGGGAUGCUUCGGAGUUGUCUAUCAUGGCUUAUCAGAAGGCCAGCAUGGAUGAUGUCUUCCGCCUGGAUCCCGAAGAUGAAAAGAAAAGAGACAAGAAAUUGGAACAAGCUGUCGCGGAUCUAAAAAGGCAAGUGACACCGUAUAUAGAAAAGUGGCUUGCCAAUUUGGAAGAUCCUGCCUUCGAAUUUUGGAUCAGGUCAAGUUCAUCAAGAUAG